UUUGGUAAUUUUGCUUUAUUAGAUACUGGUUAUAAGAAUGAUAAAAGAAUUAUGACAAGAAACUACAAAAAAGACGACAUUGUAUUAUUAAAAUGCACUUAUUUAUUUGCUGUCUCUAAUGGCACCCAAUUCGUAAAAAAACAAAUAGCUACAUUAUACUUCAACAAAGAUGUUAAAGUUGGAUCAUUGUGGUUAUUGAACAUGUACACAUCUACAAUUGGAGCAUAUAGAGAUUAUUUCAUUAAUGGUAAAAUUACAAAAGAGAACUCUUUAAAAUUUGCUGAAAUGUUGAAAUGUCACGAAUAUGUUUACGAAAAAUUACAUUCGGAGUCGAAAGAUUGUGAUACAAGAAGUCGAUUUUGCAUGGAUAACAUGGACUUUGACGAUAAUCAAAAGUCAAACUAUAAUUACCUUUCUAAAUUUCAUAAGACACAAAUACGUGAUAUUGAAAAAUUACUUGACGAAAAUAAUAGUAAUGGAACGUUGAGAUAUGAAUAUUUCAGAUAUUUUAGAAGAUAUUAUUUAUCCUUAAAAAAAUUUGCACAAUACGACACUGUUGUAUUAAAGUUAAUUAAUAGUUACAACUUACGAAUACAAUGGGGAGAUAUUACUAAAAAGUUGAAAGAUGAUUUUACUAAUAUUCAUAAACUUGAUUGGCAUAAUACAAAUCUUCGUUCUUUCUUGUUGUUCUAUUCAACUUCUUUCAAUUUAUUCAAAGUAAUCAUGUUAAGAUUGACAUGGAAACAAUUUUUAUACAUUAAACAUCAAGAAGUAUCAUUGAAUAAAAAUCUAACGAUACAAUGGUUAAUGUCACUUAAACGAUUUGCCAAGUAUCUAGCAUUAGAAAAUNACAAUGGUUAA